CGCUCAAAGCCAAUCUUGCUGCAGGGAGGAGCGAGCGGAGUGCAGCUGAGCGGAGCAGAGCAUCAUCACAGCCCGCAUUCAAGAAACAGGCAAACACAGCACUUUCUUCCUUUUUUUAAUGUCACUUUCCAUAAUGUUCUAGCCUACAAGUCUACAAGUCGUUAACACGAAGAAGCAGCUAUAUCCCAUGUGGACACAUAUGGAAGCCGCUUGUCUGUGAGGAACUGGGAAUCUCUGCCCAGUCAAGGGGAGACCCGCUCAAUUGUUUCCUGCGCCAAGAACUGUAAAGACAUGGUCAUCACACGGCAUCUGGGAUGAACAGCAAGCAGUGAUCACGAGGAAGUGUCAGAGGAUGCCCCAGAUCUGCGGGGCCUAGUGCAGAGGGAGGUCCACAGAGCCGCACGGUGCCCACAAUGUCUCACCACCAACACUAUCAACAGCGAGGCCCCCACAGCCGCACCAUGAGCUCUGAGGAGAGGAGCUCCACGCCGGUGAACAAGACCUCGACGCCAGUCCACAAGAGCACCUCCUCCUCUUCCUCCUCCCAGCGCGACAGCCGGCAGGAGGCAGACAGCUGGGAGAUAAUCGAGGGGCUGAAAAUUGGUCAGAGCAAUGUCCAGAGGCCUGAUAAACACGAGGGGUUUAUGUUGAAAAAGCGGAAAUGGCCCUUGAAAGGCUGGCACAAGCGUUUUUUUGUUCUGGACAAUGGUAUCCUGAAGUACUCCAAGUCCCCCAUUGAUAUCCAAAAAGGGAAACUUCAUGGCAGCAUCGACGUCGGCCUCUCAGUUAUGUCCAUCAAGAAGAGGGCCCGUCGCAUCGACCUGGACACUGAAGAGCAUAUCUAUCACUUGAAGGUCAAAUCUCAAGACAUAUUUGAUGCCUGGGUGUCAAAGUUGCGUCAUCACCGGCUUUAUCGGCAGAACGAGAUUGUGCGGUCUCCCCGGGAUGCCACCAUGAGAACAUUUCCUCCCUCGGCGGCCAUUGAUUCCCCCCAGCCCACGCCAGCUGUGGUAAAUGAAGUCAAGCAGACCAAACCCAGCAGCUUGCCAUGGCAGCCAACGGCCCCCAGUAACAGCAGCACCAGCAGCCUGCCUGCGUCCUACAGUAACGGACAGAGUAAGGUGGUGGCAUGGCUGCAGGAGUCAGAGGAGAUGGACAAGUGUGCAGAGGAGCUCGCACGCUGCCAGUCCAACCUGACCGAGCUGAGCCGGUUAUUGCAGAGUCUGGAGAUUCUACAAAGGACACAGUCAGCGCCCAACUUCACAGAUAUGCAGACCAAUUACGUUGAGUUAUCAAAGAAAGAAAAGCGCUUGAACAGAAGAUGGAGAACAAAAAGUGUCGGGAAAGAUGCAAAAUUCCAGCUUCAGGUUCCUCUGUCUGCCAGCAUGUCCCCUGUCCGCCUCCACUCAUCCAACCCUAACCUGUGUGCCGAGCUGGUGGACUUUCAGCCCCCUGUCUCCCACUUGACAGACAGUGUAGAGUGUGCCAGCGACUACAUUAAACUUCAAGAGGAGUUCUGCAUUAUUGCCCAGAAAGUCCACUCGCUGCUGAAGUCGGCCUUCAACACUGUGGCCAUAGAGAAGGAAAAGAUCAAACAGAUUCUGUCUGAUCAGGAGCAGCCAGACCAGUCGGCCCAGAUAAACUCUCUCAGGAAGUCUCUCUCACAGGCCUUGUCCCAAAAUGCAGAACUUCGAACUCGACUCAACCGCAUCCACUCUGAGUCUGUCCUGACUGAGCAAGUUGUGAGUGUGAACAUCAUCUCCACACCUGAUGAGGCUGGGGAACAGAUGGGGAUCCCUCUGACUCAGCAGGCCUCUAAUGAGAGCCGACUCUCCAUGUCAGAAUCUGUCUCUGAGUUUUUUGAUGCCCAGGAAGUGCUUCUGUCAGCCAGCUCGUCAGAGAACGAGGGUUCAGACGAUGAGUCAUAUGUCAGUGAUGUGAGCGAUAACAUUUCCGAGGACAACGCCAGCGUGACUGAUAACGUCUCCAGACAAAUGGCCAACGGAGACUUUGCUGGCAGCGCCUUUCGUAAUGGGCGGCGCAGCUGCUUGUCGGCACCCUGUCCUGACACCAGCAACAUCAACCUCUGGAACAUCUUGCGAAACAACAUCGGCAAAGACCUGUCCAAAGUGUCCAUGCCCGUGGAGCUCAACGAGCCCCUCAACACCCUGCAGCGCAUGUGUGAAGAGCUGGAGUACAGCGAGCUGCUGGAUAAGGCUGCUGAGACCGAGGAUCCCUUUGAGCGCAUGGUUCUCGUCGCUGCUUUUGCUGUCUCAGGCUACUCAUCCACUUACUACAGAGCAGGAAGCAAGCCAUUCAACCCGCUACUCGGAGAGACUUACGAAUGUAUUCGGGAAGACAAGGGCUUCUGUUUUUUCUCUGAGCAGGUGAGCCACCACCCUCCCGUCUCCGCCUGCCACUGUGAGUCUAAGAACUUCACCUUCUGGCAAGAUGUGAGAUGGAAAAACAAGUUCUGGGGAAAAUCAAUGGAAAUUUUACCAAUCGGGAGUGUAAAUCUCAUGAUACCCAGGUUUGGUGAUCAAUACGAAUGGAAUAAAGUUACCACCUGUGUACACAACAUCCUCAGUGGACGGCGGUGGAUUGAACACUACGGGGAGAUUACCAUCAGAAACAUAAAGAGCAGUGCUUGCCUCUGCAAACUUACCUUUGUCAAGGGAAACUACUGGAGUUCAAAUGUGAAUGAAGUUCAAGGAUUUGUGAUGGAUCAGGAAGGAAAAGUGAUCCACAGGCUUUUUGGAAAAUGGCACGAGGGUCUUUAUUGUGGUGUCCCACCUUCUGCUAAAUGCAUCUGGAGGCCAGGCUCCAUGCCCACAGACUAUGAGCUUUACUACGGCUUCACCAGGUUUGCCAUUGAACUAAAUGAGCUUUGUCCCGAGUUAAAAGAUGCCUUGCCGCGGACGGAUGCCAGAUUCAGACCUGAUCAAAGGUAUCUGGAAGAAGGUAACUUGGAAAUGGCGUCAUCAGAGAAGCAGCGUAUUGAGGACAUGCAGAGGGCCAGGAGGAAGUGGAACGAGGAGAACAACAUCAAACACGAGCCACGUUUCUUUAAGAAAGUGGUUGAUGCCAAUCACAGGGAGAGAUGGGUCUCCAACAACACGUACUGGGAGCUCCGCAAAAACCCCGGCUUCAUUAACAUGGAAUCUACAGUGACUCUGUGGUAGCACAUGGAUCUGUGUUUCCAUCAUCACAGACGAGGAGGCUGUUACCUACGCACAAUAAGGUGUUAAGAGAAACACGCCGAUGAUGAAACAUCUUUGUGCAUGGAUACGAAUGACAGCUGAGCUGAGGGAAGGCCCGACGCCCAGCGACCCCGUGGAGGGUCACCCAUCCAUGGAAACAUACUGUAGGAUCACCUUCAUUGUGCUUGUCGAAGCUGGGUCUCACCGCGCCUAUGUAGAUGUUUCCUCAGCUCUGUUGACUUCCCAGUAUGUCCUUGCCUUAAAAAGACACCUGUACAAGUCACACGAUUAGGCGCCUUUUAGUUGAAGCCAUUUAAUUUCCAACAGCAGUUUGGGUAGACUAGUCUAUGAAGUAGACAUUUUGAUUACCUACAGAUUACCUAUGAUAACAUUGCAUGUUUAGAGAGCAGCUUUCACUGGUACAAAGCCGUAUUUACUAUAUCAUCAGUUAUUGUAGAAAAAAAAAGAGGUAUUUUUAUAAAAAAUAUCUUGGACUCAGAAUUUAGAGAAAGAGAAUUAUGUGAAUUGGCAGAUUUUAUUUAUUUUUGCCUUUUAAUACUGUCGACUCUGUCGGAUGGCAGCACUCUCUCCCGGGAAACAACUCAUUUGAAAUUAAUCUCGACCGCCGUGGAGGAAGUACGGGGCUCUACAAACGCCGUUUUAAUGAGCAACCGAGCUGAACAUGUGCUGGGAGGUGAGGUGUGAUUUAAACGCGAGGCGUUUCGGCCCUGUGGACUGAUCUGUCGUGACACAGUGCAAAUGGAAGGACGAUCUUCACCUCAGCAGCCCCAGUGUCUAAUAAUAACCAUUGUUACAUGAAACCAACUCGUCUGAAUCACACAGUUACAUAAAUGCAUACAUAACUCUCUCCACUCUGUUCCCGAAUGUGAGGGUUUCAUUCAAAUAAUGGGCGCUUACACGUCUGAGUCACGAGUAUAAGAAAAGAUUUGUACAGGUUGCAGCGUUCUCUCAGAUCCUUGGGAUUUUUGCAGUACUUCAUUUAAUAACGAAACGUGAAUAGCAGUCACAUAUUUCCAUAAAACAGCUGCAGCUUGAAGAUGUAAUUAUUUUGAAUUAAUAAAUGAGUAAUUUUCCAUCAGAGUCUCGUUACAGUUUACAAAAACCCAAAGAGAUUUUUUUUAAAUCAUCUUUAUUCUGAUUAACAACCAAAAAAAAAAUCAUUUACAAAGAUAUACAGCAAAAAAAAGUACUAACUGUAUUCAUUUAUAAAUCUGUUACCAGCAGAUGUUUGGUAUUUUUCUUGAUAUAUUACUCAAACCAUGGAUAAUGUAUCUUAUUAUUAAUUGAUUAAGGAAUGAUUUAAUCUCGCCAUGAUCACCAAACCGAUUGCAGUCGUAGUUCAUUAUGAAACACCAGAGACACCUACAGGUCGUCCUGUAAAAGUGAAAGAAGCCAGCUUUUCAGAUGGAUACUGUAAAAACAUUAAAACGUCUCAAUGUGUCUGAUUCCCCAGAGAAUUUACUGCUAUGCUGUGGGCUUCUUCAAAGCACCACAUUGAAGUUUAGCUUUAAAAUCUUGCCUAGUAUCCUCUUUUUUUGUUUUACAGCUAAAGAAAAAAAUAAAGGGGGCGCCUUUAAAAUCAACCCGAACACACGCAAAUAGUUGUUAAAGCUGAAUCUCUUUGUUCACAGCUGCAGGGCGAGGACACUGAAGGAGGGGAAAGGUGAAUAUAAAUAUGUAGAGCGAAACCUGUUUAAGGCAAAUCCAUCAUGUGUGCACUGAUCACACCGUAGAUUAACAAACCAAAAAGUUAGAACUGCUUUGCAUCCAUGUACUUUAAAAGAUAAAAAACAACAAGAUACGCGUGGAUAUAGUUUUUUUUUUCCCUGAUCACAAACUUAAUGCUACAACUCAGCAGCGUCCGUUUCACUUGCUGUGCCUUAAUGCAUUUAUCAAUGCCUCACAAACACACAACAGAUGAGAAUACCCGAGCCAAGAAGAAGGUAUGCCAUUCACAAGUCAAACUCCGCACAUUCUCCAUAGUCCGCCUGCCUACAGAUGAUUAAGUACACUGAGCAUUUAGCCGAGGACGGAAUACUUAAGGGGAAUUUCUUUGACAUUAGAGGAGUAGAAAAGUUUUAACUGUCUGUAAAACGCUUGCAGUGUCUAAAGAUGUUCUGCACUGCUCUGCUACCCCAACAUGUAACUGAUUCAUUUUUGGUGAUCACAAUAAAUGCAGCACAUUUAGGAAAAUUACAAAAAAAAAAAAAAAGUGGGGGACACUACUGCAGCAGCUGAUUUCUUUUCCCUCCUACAUCAGUAGCUGUGGAGGUAGGGCCAGUGCUUUGUGUAGUGUUUGGUAUCAUAGAGUCAGAAUGUAGUGGAGAAAAAAAAGAGAAAAUCCUCCAGCUUUCUUCAUCCAUUUUCUACCUGCAUGUCUAGAGCUUGCCAAUGAAUGUUGCAGAUGCCUUACAAAAAAAAGGUUUCUGGUUUCUGAAUUGGACACUUUUUUUUUGUCGACUGACAUGUAUCAUGAAGCACUAUGUCAGCUCAGUUUGGAUCAAAUCUAUUUCCUGAUGGGUACCUUCUAAAGUGCAAUUUUAACAAAGUACAUAUCUUUCCAUGAACACUGUACACUGCUGCUACAUAGUGCUUGUUCUAAUAAAACUGCAAAACUCAA